CUUCGGGUCUGGUCUGGACUAUGGUGAUGACCAAAACAUGGCCAAAUCGAAAAUUGCUCUCUAUGCUGCCGGCGUAACUUGUCUGGGUUUCAUUUGUUUUGCAUUGGCCUCAGCGGCCAUUGGUAUACCGAUUUGGGGUUAUUACGAUUCACCCUCAGGGGGUUACGACUUCGAUCAUGGCUAUUUUGGCCCCUUUAAGGUAUGCAAACAAUUGGCCUACAAUCGGGAAAAAUGCGGCAAUGAUGUAUCGAAAUUUAGGCUGUCAUCGGCCAUUUUCAUAAGCGGCAUUAUGGCCAUCUUGAGUUCCAGUGCCUUGGGCUUGUUCUGUGUGUUAUCUGUUAUACAGAUCGCCAUGAUAUCGUCCCGCGAGAAAGUUGUUAUGUCCUACACAUCGUUGGUAAUGACGAAGUUGAUAUUGGCUUUGACGGCGGGUAUCCUGGCCUUGGUGGCAACUGUUAUGUUUGCUGUACAAAUCGAUGAAUCGGAGAAGUAUGGGUUCCGUGUCUCCCGAGGGAUAUCAUUUUAUUUACAGAUUGUUGUUAUUGUUUUAAGCAUAGGCCUAUUUGUAUUGGCCCUAUACGAUGUCUUAUAUUCGAAACGUCCCGGUGGUGAUCCAACAAUGAUCAUUGAUGCCGCCUCACCAUCAUCGGCGACAACGAUAAAUAAUCCCGGUUUCAAGGAGCCGAAAACCAAAAAUGGUAUUUCCGUUACCGAUGCCUCCGGUAAACCGUAUGCUGGCAUACGUAAUGGCUCCGGCAGUGUGGCCUCAAUGAGCACCAUGGUCACAAGUGUAUCGAAUGGCUCCACUGUGGAGUCUGUUACCAGAUCUCCCCUGCGUUCAAGUUUGAAAAAACCACGACCACGACCCGACCCAGCAUUGGGUAUACAAAAUCCAGGGUACUCCGGAUCGGGUAAUUCACCGCCAAUGCGUAGGAAUGGUAGUGUGAAAAAAGUGAGAAUACAAACGCAUAGUACGGAAGUUUAG